AUGCCAAUUCCAGGACUCAACGAGAAGUCAAAGGACAAAGAUAAAGAAUCUAGUUGUUCUGAUAUAGAAGACCUUGAAAGCUCUGAGGUCACCAACGAACAGCAAGAGAAAAUUCAAACUAAUGUACGUGCUAUAAGUUUGUUUUUGUAUGCAGUUAGUGGAGAAGAAUGUGACAAGAUUUCAAUGUGUGAAACCAUAAAAGAAAUUUGGGAUAAAUUGGAGAAAAGUACAGAGAGAAGAUGGACACCUCAUCACUUAUGUCACAGUGAUCAUAGAGAAGAAUUUGAAAAUAAGGCAUUUGAGGAGUAUUGUGCUCAGAAUGGAUACUCUCAGAACUUCUCUUCACCGCGGUCUCCUCAACAAAAUAGUAUGGUGGAGCGACAGAAUCGAUCCCUCCAGGAAACUGCUAGGACAAUACUGUUUGAACAUAAACUCCCAUAUCACUUUUGGGCAGAAGCAAAAACUGAUGAAGCUCUCAACGAUGAAUCAUGGAUUGAUGCUAUGAAGGAAGAACUGGACCAAUUUGAAUGA